AUGCUGCCCGCGCGCUGCGCCCGCCUGCUCGCGCCCCACUUGCUGCUCGUGCUGGUGCAGCUGUCCCCGGCUCGCGGCCACCGCACCACGGGCCCCAGGUUUCUCAUAAGUGACCGUGACCCUCAGUGCAACCUCCACUGCUCCAGGACUCAACCCAAACCUAUCUGUGCCUCUGACGGCAGGUCCUAUGAGUCCAUGUGUGAGUACCAGCGAGCCAAGUGCCGAGACCCAACCCUGGGUGUGGUACAUCGAGGUAGAUGCAAAGACGCCGGCCAGAGCAAGUGUCGCCUGGAGCGGGCUCAGGCCCUCGAGCAAGCCAAGAAGCCCCAGGAGGCGGUGUUUGUCCCCGAGUGCAGCGAGGAUGGCUCCUUUACCCAGGUGCAGUGCCAUACUUACACGGGGUACUGCUGGUGUGUCACCCCAGAUGGGAAACCCAUCAGUGGCUCUUCUGUGCAGAAUAAAACUCCUGUAUGUUCAGGUUCAGUCACCGAUAAGCCCGUGAGCCAGGGUAACUCAGGAAGGAAAGUCUCUUUUCGAUUCUUUUUAACCCUCAAUUCAGAUGACGGGUCUAAGCCGACACCCACGAUGGAGACCCAGCCGGUGUUCGAUGGAGAUGAAAUCACAGCUCCCACUCUCUGGAUUAAGCACUUGGUAAUCAAGGACUCCAAACUGAACAAUACCAAUGUAAGAAAUUCAGAGAAAGUUCACUCUUGUGACCAGGAGAGACAGAGCGCCCUGGAAGAUGCCCGGCAGAAUCCCCGUGAGGGCAUUGUCAUCCCCGAGUGUGCCCCCGGAGGGCUCUAUAAGCCAGUGCAGUGCCACCAAUCCACUGGCUACUGCUGGUGUGUGCUGGUGGACACCGGGCGUCCGCUGCCCGGGACCUCCACACGCUACGUGAUGCCCAGUUGUGAGAGUGACGCCAGGGCUAAGAGUACGGAGGUGGACGACCCCUUCAAGGACAGGGAGCUGCCAGGCUGUCCAGAAGGGAAGAAAAUGGAAUUUAUCACCAGCCUACUGGAUGCUCUCACCACUGAUAUGGUGCAGGCCAUUAACUCAGCAGCACCCACUGGAGGUGGGAGGUUCUCAGAGCCAGACCCCAGCCACACCCUGGAGGAGCGAGUGGUGCACUGGUACUUCAGCCAGCUGGACAGCAACAGCAGCGACGACAUUAACAAGAGGGAAAUGAAGCCCUUCAAGCGCUACGUGAAGAAGAAAGCCAAGCCCAAGAAAUGCGCCCGGCGUUUCACUGACUACUGUGACCUGAACAAGGACAAGGUCAUCUCACUUCCCGAGCUGAAGGGCUGCCUAGGUGUUAGCAAAGAAGGUGGUAGUCUUGGCAUCUUCCCCCAGGGAAAAUGA